AUGCUGAUAGUGUAUGUGUUAUCAAAAGCUCAGUGUUUAUGGAAUAAUAAUGAUGAUUAUAACACUGCAAUGUUAUACAUUAUUGCUGUUUACAAGUACACAAGACAAAAUUACAAACUAUUAGCAACUGUUAUUCAUAACUCUUGUAAGUUAUUACUUGAACAUAACGAGGAUAUUAUCGAUAUUUUAAUAUCAACCAUAAAAGUCUAUGAAAAUAUACCUGAUAAAAGUAGUCAUUUGUAUAAAUUACAUUUAUUAUUAAUAAAUGAAUUGGGAAGAGAUGAACAAAUAACAUCAUUACAAUUGGUCAAUGGGGGAUGUCACAUAAUUGACAAUCGAUUUUCAGAACAUCCGAUCAAUGAAUUGAAUGAAUUGAUUAAAAAUACGAAUGAAAUGUUAAAUCGAUAUCUUGAACAAGAUGUUAAAGAAGCAAUAGAACAAAAGUCGAUCAAUAAACUGGUGCUAUUAUUUGAUAAAAUGAAUAACCCUAAACUAUUACGAACAAUUGUAGAUACUAUCGAUGUUUCAACAAAUAUUGAACGUGCAAUGGUAUAUUUAAUUAAAGCACAAAUAUCAAAAUUAGAAAAUAACUCUCUCGAAACUGUCGCAAACCUUGAACAAGCUCUUCUUUGUUGUUCAAAUGAUAAUACUUUAGUAAAUACUAUUGUUUCACUAAUAGAACAGGUUUCUGUUCAACAUAUAUUAUUAAAUGAUAUCAAAAAUCUCAAUUCAAAUUUAAAUAAUAAUGUUGAUUUUAUCGAUCAAUUAGUGACAUCGAGUAUCAUUUCAAACACGGACCUACCAACAGCACUUUAUUAUUCAAAAUCAUUAAAACAUAUGAAUUUGAUUCGAAAAUACGAAAAAUCAAUUUUUAAAGGAUCGAGUAAUAAAUCAGUUGCCUUUCGUUAUCUGGAUAUGUGUUCGAUCUCCAAUAGUCCAACGUGUAUAGCAGCCAAUUGCAUUAUGGCUGCUCUUCAUUUUUAUCAAAGAAUUCAAUCCAUUCAUUCAAUGAAUACAAUAGCUGAGAUAUAUGCCUAUCGAAAUGGAAUUUUUGAUCUUUGUAAUAACAUUCACAUUUUAGCAAAAUAUUAUCUAAGUCCACAUAUGCAGAUUUAUUUUUAUAAACUUUCAUUUACUCUAAUUGUUAAAACAAAUCAAAUUCUAAAACAUUAUUUACCAAAAAAACAUUCGUCAUCAACUCAAUUAUUGAUACAAAAAAAUGAAAGUCAAUUUAUUACAAACCUAUUAGAAAAUAUUAUCAAUACGUCUACUCUGUCACCAUUAAUUCAAAUGCCAACAUCACUCACCUAUGAUACUAUGUAUUUACAUAUGGCUGGUAAAAAAGUUUUAACUAAAUUUCUCAAACAAAUAAAGACAAAUUAUAGUCAGUACCUACUGUUCGAAGGUGUUUGUAAAGGAUGGAUUGAUGAUAGUGACAAUGACCACGAUAAUAUCAAUAAUUUUGAUACUAUUCGAUAUGAUUGUAUGAAUUCAUUAUUGAGGGAACAUCAGUGGACUAUGAACGAUGUGCAAACAGUAUUAGAAUGGUCGUACAUUCAUCGUACUACAGAUGGUUGGCUAUUGAAUAAUGUAAAAUCGUUGAACACUCAUGAAAAUUACAAAUUUUCAAACGUAGUUGGUGUCAGAUUUAAUGUUGAGAUGGGAGAAAUUAAACUUUUAUUUCAAACAAGUAAAACGAUGAAUGAUGCUCUGUUAGGCAUCGAUGAUGUAGUGGAGAUAUUGACACAUGGUAUUACAAGUGCCAUUUUCGCACUGGAACCGAUCGAAUCAUUCGAGUAUCCAUUACACCCAUUUCAAGAAUUAAAAUAUGCACCACAAAGUUUAACACAUACAAAUUAUUUGAAAACACUGUUGCAUUCGUAUUCGCUAAUACAGAUGAUGUUGAUGGGUACAGAAGUAUGUGCAACAUCACCCUUCCCUAUGAAAAAUAUAUAUGAUGGUUUCAUGCAGCAACUACCAACACGAUUACAAGAAAAAUUACAACCCAUCUAUUCGGCCGAAAAUGUUUGGCUUGAAUCAGAUGAAUUAACAUAUGAAAAACAUGAUGAUGGUAAUAUAAUAUCAUAUUAUAUAAAUGAUUUUAGAAUGCUGAUUAAAGUGGAUGGUAAAAUUCUUGAUACAUUAACGGACUCGUAUAAUGAUCUCGGCACAUAUUUUCCAGCAAUAUUAAGGUUAAAAGAAUUGUUAAAACUCGGUGCAUUAUUGACAUUUAUUCGUGCGAGUUAUAUCGCUUUUGAGAAAAUAUCGACAAAUAUUCAAAUUGAUGAUCAAACAAUUGAAGAAUAUUUGGCAUAUAUAAAGCGUGUUAUCACAUACCCACGUGCCACCACAUCUAAAGUAAGCGAAGAAGUCGAUGAAAUAUUACGAGAAAAUAAUCGGUCACGUUGGGAUGUAUCAUUGUCAAAUAUAAAUGAUCUUGAAAGUUCUAUUCGAUCUGACUUAAUCGAUCUUGAUGAGAAACAAUUAUCCAUCGUCGUGGAUGUCAUAUGUAUAUCAUUUCAUUGUGAGAAGAAUUCAACAGUUAAAAAUCAUAUUGAAAAAUGGUUAGAUUACGAUUGGCACAAAGAUGCCUUGCUCAAAUUCCUUAUGGAAUCAGCCAAAGAAUAUCGUCAACAAAAAUACUCAAAAUUAUUGAAUGUCAUUAAAACCACUGGAAUUAAUUUGAAUGCAUCCGAUCGAAAUCUGAAACUGGCAAAUACCAAAGAUGAAUGUUCAUGGAUACCAAGAAUAUUUUUAAAAAAUGCACAAAAAUCCGUUAUUUACGGUGGUAUUAGCUUACAACAAAAAUUAGUAAGGGAAUCACCGAAAUCACAGACAAGAUCGUCGAUAGCGUUUGAUCUAGCAGAAUUAUUUAAAAUAGCAAAAACAAAAGUAAUUUCAAUAUAAACAUCCAGAUUUUAAAUUCUUUGAAAGUUUGAAGAUCCUGUUGGACAAACAGUGUAUUCUACAAGAGAUAAUGUGUGCUAUAUUAUUAUAUUUUCUUCUCUAAAAUUGAUGAAAGUUGUCAUUCUUUCUGAAUGAUAAUAUACAUUCUAGCUAUGCCGAUAAACAAUUCUUACUUUUUUCUUAUCUGUUUCACUAACGAGGGAACUAUCCCAAGUGUUAAUCACAGAUGCUAACGAGAGGUACCCCAAUCGAUAGAGCUCGACGAGCUGAUUCUAGUGGCAUAAAGCAUUUUCCCCAAUGUUUCUUGAAGACCCAGUUU